AUGGCCUCUACCACUCUCUUCCGUCUCGCGACGCGAUCCGUCCGCCCGGCAACAAGCUUCGUCAGAGCUUCGUCGUACGCUCCUCGUUCAAUCCGCGUUGUUCCUUCCUCGUUCGCUAUUGCCAAUAACUUCAGCACUUCUGCCAAGCUCCACAGCGGUCACGAGGAGGAGACCUACGAGGAAUUCUCUGCCAGAUACGAAAAGGAAUUUGAUGCCGUUCAAGAUGUUUUCGAGCUCCAGCGCAACCUGAACAACGCUUUUGCCUACGAUCUCGUCCCCUCCGUUGAGGUUCUCUCUGCUGCUCUCCGCGCAGCUCGCCGCGUCAACGACUUCCCCACUGCCGUCCGAGUUUUCGAAGGUAUCCGCGCCAAGGUCGAGAACGAAGGCCAAUAUAAGCAAUAUCUCGAGGCUCUCGAGGCUCUCCGAACUGAGCUCGGUGUCCCUCUCCAGGAGGAACUCUACCCCAAGAACGAGUAA